AUGGCAACGCGUGCAGCUGCUUUUUCAUCAAAAGUUCGUACAUUGAAUGAUUUUUAUAAUAAUGUUACAAGCGGAGUACCUCCAUCUGGUUACGAUAUUGCGAAUGCAGUCAAAUAUUUUUCACAAACAUUGCUAGGAGUAUUAAAAGAGAUGACAAUUGAACCAAAUCAAGAUCAAUAUUCCGGUAAACAUUCCUAUCGUAUUAGUAAAUAUCCGAGCCUCAAUUAUUCGUCACUAUAUCAUUCAUUAAUUAAUUUGAUCGAUAUUGUUCCGGCCAUAUCACUUGGUCAAACAUCAUUAGCUCAAUCUAUUUUACAUGCUCUUGCAUGUCUAGCACCAUUUCUGCCAUAUGAUUUGUUAGAUGCUUUACCAUACACAUUUGUAUCGGCAUUAUCAACAUUCCCACAAGAUGUACACAAAGAAAUAUUAGAUACACUAUGUCAAACAUUAUUGCCAAUUAAUAUGGCUUAUACAGAAUAUCCUGAACAUUCCAUGACAACAACAUCGAUUGCAUCUAUUAUUUUUAUUGUGCUCGAAAAUAUUGAAAAUCAGACGAGUGCACGUUCGGCUGCAGUUAAUUUAUUAUUUUUCUAUUGGCCAAUGUUAAUUCCAUUAGGAGUAGAUCGACGAUCACUUCAUUUUAAAUUUAAUGCACGUAAACCGGUUAUUUGUCAAACAGAACGAUGUAUUGAAAAAAAAAAUAUUGCAUCGAAAGUUUGUGUAAAUGCUAUAUUAUCGAUGCAUGGUCAUGAUAGUCCUCCACCAUUGUACAUGUGUACCGAUUGUUAUAAAAGUUCAUCAAAAGAGAUUCAACAAUAUUGUAGAAAUAUUCUAUUACCAGUAGCUGAAAUCGAUUUAUAUUGUCAAAAUAAAUCGUGCAUAUCUGAAAAUAAGUCAGCAUAUGCUAUAUGUUAUUCAGUUGAAUGUUGUCAAACAAAUUCUAAUCAAGCAAUAAGUCUGUGUAGACAAUGUCAUGAGAGACGACACAUCGACUCAAAUCAUGUUUAUCAAGAAACAAUUAUUGACAUGUGGAGAUUGCCACCUGAUGUACAAAAUCAUCUUGUUGAAGCUAUCAUUAGUUUGUUAAAAGAAGCUAAUAAUCUUGAAGAACGACGUAUCUAUGAUUCGGUGGGUGAAGAACGUAAAACUUUAUUAUUGGAAACGACGGAGCAAAUGCCGACAUCAAAUACUAUACAAAAUGCUGUCGUUUGUUUAACUAAUGAUAUUGAUGUUGGUCGAAAACGUUUAAGUCGAUAUGGUGUUUACUUGUGUGUGGGUUUAAUUGAACCAACCUCAUAUGGACCACCAGAAAUAUUUGGACGUCUGUUAAGUAUGUUAUUUCAAUGGUUUGAUUCAAGUACAUAUUUACCCUCCGAUGAGGUGGGUAAUAGAUUGGGAACAUUAAAAUCAGAACAUAUAAUCCCAUGGAUUAAAGCUGUUGUCAAAGAACAUUAUGAGUUAGUUGUUUCAAUUUUGUUACCUAAUCCAAUGGAUUUUGCCAAAGUCGGUGGUGUAUGGGAAACAAUGGCAAAUCGUACGACUCAAAUCAAAGAGUGUUUAAACAAGUUAUACAAUUUGAUUCCAUAUGAUAUUAUUACCUAUGAAAUUUGGGAUUAUAUUAUGCCAUAUUGGAUGGAAGCAAUUCGAUUAGAAAUAUCAGAAUCAGAUCUUGUAGAUUUACAACUAUUCAGAAAAAUGUUUGAUACUGAUAUGUCUCCAUUAUCCUUGACUCGUGAACAAUUGUACAAUUUUAUCAUUGAUCGUUUUCAGUCUCCUGCACCGGCCGGUGUUCAAGAACAAGCAUUGCAAUGGUUACAACUUUUGUGUCAAUUAGAAAUAUUCAUUCCUGUUCAAUUAAUUGUACAAAUAUUUAUAACUGGAAUUAAUUCUCUACAAAAAUUAGAAUCACGUGCUCAACGACGAGAAGUUUAUACAUCAUCAUCGAAUGAACAAUCAUUACUGAAUUCAUUUGAGCAAGGUUUAAAUACAAUGCAAGGAAAUGACACAACACAAAUGAUAGCAUCAUCCGCUAAACAAUUUCUUGUCUUUGAUACAUAUGAAACAUAUCGUGCUCAUCGUCAUCAACUAAUGUUACAACAAAUGACUGGUCAAGAAAUGGUAUCAAUUAUUAAAGAGGAAGAGGAAGAAUUUAUUAUCAACGAAUCAGAGUUAAAUUCUACCUGUAGUAUUAUGAUGAUUGAUAUGCUUCUAAAACAGAUGGAAUUACAACAAACUCCUCAACAUCAAGGCAUGUAUAAUCCAUUAUCAAAAGAAAUUUUAUCACUUUUAAAUAAACAAUUAAUAUUACCAUGGACCCGUCGACAUCGCUGUCGAAAUCAAUCAAGUCAAUGUACAUUUUGUGAAGAAUACAUUCUUUGGUUUUCAAUUGCAAAUGAUCUCUUAAAACACAUAUCGCCAAGAGAUGAAAUUAAAUUACCAGAAUUAGAAGUACCAAACGUUAACGACCUAAAACAACAACAGCAACAACAACCACCAACAAAACCAAAAUUUACUGUUGAUUCUGGAGGGGGUGGAAUGGGAACUACGGCAAGUGUAUCAUCAUCGAAUGAAGAUGAACAAACAAAUGGGCAACAAAAUUUAGAUACUCCUGCUGUGGUUUCUUCUCCUCCCGUUCAGCAACCACAAGUACAAGUAUCGUUGACUCCUGAAUUAAAAGUUGAAAAUAAUCCUGAUGGUGGAGAAUUAGACAAAAUUAUUGACAUUGAUGCCCUGUAUUAUUUACUAUGCUGUUUAAAAUUGUUAAUCUUAAAUGAUGAAUGUUUAGAAACAGCAGCCAAAGAUAAUAGAGGAUUUUUAACAUAUUGUCUGGAAAAAUUACUUGUACCCCAUAUUUGGAAAAUUCUUAGUCUUGGUCAUGGUCAUUUAAAUGAAUGUUGUGUUCCAUUAUUAUUACACGCUUUAAGUUAUGAAUCCGGCAAAACAGCAUUGUGGACAAUACUCGAUCGAGACUUUACCAGUGCACAUUGGAAAACUCGUUCGUCAGCUGUUGCAUCUAUCGAAGAUAUUGAACCGACUGUUAGUCAAAAAUCGAUGUGUUCUCUCGAAACACUAUCCGAUUUAGCUCUACGUACUGUUAUGUGUGCACUUGAAUUUCAAUUUGAUACAGUGAUUAGUGAUCGUUCUCUCAUUCUCCAUCGUCUAUCAAAAUUAUAUUUAAUUUUACUCCAACAACACAAGCAACACUCUACAACAGCAAAAGGUGUUUUAAGUUGGGAAUUUUUCUUAAAUCGAUUUGAUACCCUAUCAUUAGAAUCACAAAUUAAUCUAGAAGAAUUGGGUGAUAUUGUUUCACCACAAUCUAUUGGUGGAUUUAAUACGGAGAGUGAUCAUUUUAUUCGAAAAUUAAAUCAAAUUAAAUUUGCCAUGGCUAGAACAGAUAGUAUUAAACCUAUUACAUCGUCAAUAAAACAACCGCAAAAUAAAACAAAUAAAUCAUCUGCACCAUUACCAAAUCAACAAGGAAAAGAAACACAAUCAUCAAUCCCAAGACGGCUGUCAUUUCUACCAUCAACAUCGAUUCAUACUCAUUUUACUGAACAAUCUGAAACAGAUUCCAUCGCCAGUUUUCUACCAGAUGUAGAAAAUAGUGAUAAAUCAACAUUACAAUUACUUAUAACAUUGCUAAUGAAGUUUAUGACAAAAGACGAUCAAAAUCAAGUGGGUGAAGAUCGUAUUAUGUUUAAACAUCAAAAUGUUGUCAUCCGUCAUUUAUGUUCAUUACUUGGUUAUAAUCAAACGAAUCGAACGUUUACGUAUUCACCAAGUAAAUUGAGAAAAAAUCCUGUAUUUCAUGCUGUAUUGUCAAAUUUGCCUAAAGUCGUGGAUUAUAACUAUGGUCUUGGCACUAUAUUAUUGCCAGUAUUUUUAUCGUUACUUCAAUACUCAACGUGUUCAAAUAUAACCGCUGAUUAUUUCGAAAAUGUAACACAAACAAAUACACUAGGAAGACUUGAUCCAAGUCUUCGAGAUUCAUGGCUGUUGGUUUUAAUUAUUAUUUUAUAUAAAUAUCAAUUUGCUUCGUCUGCCACCACCAUUCAACAAUUAACUCGUGUUGCUAUGAAUACAAUAUUAAGUCAUUAUCAUCAAUGUGAAACACCUGUAUUUGGUAUGGGAGGACCAAUUGGUGGUAGAUUGACACCCAAAGUGGGUGGAUCGAGAAGAGGUUCAUCAAAACCAUUCGAUGACAUUCGCGAAAUAGAAGGAAAUGAAAUUGGAUCGAAAUAUUUUCGCAAUGGUGCGGGAGUAGAGCGUGAGGAUAGUCAAUCAGAUGUGACAAUAGCAGAUCGACAACAUAAACAAAGCAAAUUACUUUCACCACCGAAAAAAGGAAAAACAAAAUUGUACAAACCUGAAAUUGAAUAUUUAGAUGAACCAUUUAGUAUUCAUACAGAAGACGCAUCAGUAGCUAUGUCACAUAAGAAAGAGAAAGAUCGACGAGAUGGUUAUACGAGAUUUUUAAAAAGUCUAUUUACAAGUGGUACAAGUGGUUCACCAGCGAGCGGAACAACGAGUAUAGCGCCUAUGUCCAGUUCAUUGACGACAACACCAUCGACAACUGAAAAUAAAUUAGCAGAAGGUUCAACUAUUUCUAAGUUAGAUGCAAGAAAAGGUGGCAAAGAGUUUUCUCGUGUUAUAUAUUCAGCGGAAAAAGGACGACAUGAAACAGUUUUACUCAAACCAAAAGAAGAGAGCCCGCCUAAGAGUCCAAAAGUUCAGUCGUUAUCGUCGUCUGCCCUAGCAGCAUUGGGUGGACCAGGGACAAAGUUAAAACCAAGCUAUUAUAAAAAGGGUAAAUUUAAAGAUGAUGUUCAUGUGAGAUCACCACCGCUAAGUCGUCCACCUCGUAUAUCAUCUUCUCAACUUCAUUUAAAAACGGGUGGUGGCACAAUGCAUUCGUUGUCAUCUGGAAAAAAGAUAGAUACCGAUAUUGAUGGAGACGACAAUCUAAAUUCUCAAAUCUAUUUAACACCUCAGAAAUGUGAUAAAUGUGGAACAAUAAUUGAAAAUUAUUCUGAAGAAUGUAUUGGUUAUUGUAUCAUUGUUUGUUCAACUUUGAUUCAUCGUGAACCAGCAGUUGGUGCUCCUCUCCUCAUGGAUAUGAUUGAAACUAUUGGAAGAGUAGCUGCUGCUCAUAUUUAUACGUGGCAAGACAAUUCGAGUGUAAUUGUUCCAGCAAAUUCUCGAAGUAUCGCUCAACAAUUUAUUCGCUGUACAUUUUAUCAACUAGCAGCAAAUAAUAUUUGUUAUCAAUUUUUUCAACAAAAUUUUAAAGAUGAAAAACUACUUCAAACAAUCGCAUUAUCAUUGAAUGAUUUUGCCGAUUUUAAUUCAAUGAUAGCUCUCAAAUGGGUUUUAAAUGAUAUGAAUAAACAGAAAACAUUGAAUGUGGAUAUUUGUACGACGUUACUACAAAACAUAUCCAUAUUUAUGGAAUAUAUUCCAAUUGAUUCUCCUGUUCAAUUAUGGACAAGUGUAUUUGUAGAAUUUGAUUUUUUAUUUGAUAAAUUAAUGAGAAUCUAUGCCAGAGCAUCCACAGGCACAGGUGUUAAUUAUGAUCUAACAUCUUGUAUUAAAAUUAUGAUGAUUAUUCUUAAAAUACCUGUUAUUGCCAAUGUUAAACUUGUUCUUGAUCCAUUUUCAAAAUUAUUAACAUUUAUUUUACAAAAUUCAACAUUUCAAUUAGAACAUAUCAUUGAACUAUGUUCACUUUCUAAUCGAGCUUUUACAAAGGAUCGUGAAAAAUUAUUAUUACCACGUUGUGUAGUUAGUGUACUUGUUGAAGCAAUGUUACAUCGUUUUACGUGUCCCGAUCGAAAUUUAUUAUUAAUGAUACAAUUAAUCUUAUUGGAUGCUGGAGGAACAAUAUAUGCGUCGGCUAUCGUUGCUGAUGACGUUAGGGUUUAUGAUCCGCAUAAUGUUGUGCGUACAGUUACAACGAAUGGUGCUGAAUGUAUGAAACAUUAUUUAAAUGAAACUGUUGCAUUUAUUGCUGAUAUACACACAAUAACAAAAGUGAAAAGUACAAUGAAAGAAAAAAAUGAAAAACAACAAUUAUCAAAUUUAACAGAAGAUACACUUGGUGGACAAUUAAAAGCUGGUUUAGCGCAAUAUCUUGCUUUGGAAUUUACAAAAGGUGGACAACGUGAUACAAAAGCGAUUAUACGAUUUUUACCAUGGCUAUAUAAUCCACCACCGUCCGUUCAACAAGGUGCAAAAGAAUUUAUUGAUUGUAUUGAUCGUAUACGUUUUUUAUCUUGGUUAAUGAUUGGGUCAUUGACACAUGCAGCUAUUACACGCAAUGAAGGAACAAUAAUUUGUCAUCCGAUACCUGUCGAUGCUUCACAAUCCAUUGCUGAUUAUAUUCUAUACAUUCUAACUGGAUUUGCUGAUCAAUCGAAAACAAGUGUUAUUCAUAUGUCAUCCUUAUUUCAUUCAUUUAUACUUUGUCAAUUAUGGACAAUGUAUUGUGAACAAGUAAAUCGAGGACAUGAUCCGGAUGCCUUGGUAGCCAUAAUGGAUUUUUGGGGGAGAAUAACACCCGGCAUUUUACAUUUAUUAUCCCAUUCAAAAGUACUUGCUGAAAUGGUCAAUCUUCAUUUUUUGAGUUUAAUCGAAGCAUUACAAGAAAUUAAUUCCAUUGUUCUAGCUAACCUAUUUGCAUUAUGGGUACCGGUUUUGUAUACUCAUCAGGUUCAGUUACCCGCUCAUGUACAAGUUCGACUUCAAACAUGUCUUAAUCAUCAGCCAUCAUCAGAAACACAAGGUGAUACACGAUUCAUGUACGCUAUAUUAUUAAAAUGGCUUAAUCGUUUACAAUUUAAAAUUGGUCAAAUAGAAACACAAUCUUCUCAUGCUGCACAAUUUUAUAGUUUAUAA